AUGGCGUCGGAGUCGUCCCAGCACAUGUUGCUGUCGAGCAACACCCAGCGAGGUCGCCCCGGCGAAGGAUCGCCGGACGAUGUUUGGAAACGAGGGCAGUACGCGUGGCACCGGUGCAUGCACCUCAACAAGUUCCUGUACCAGCGCGUCCACUCAUGGCACCACCGCCUCAUCGUGCCCUACGCCUUGGGCACGCAAUACAACCACCCUGUGGAGGGCCUCCUCCUCGACACCGUCGGCGGCGUGCUCGCCUUCCUCGCCCCCGGUAUGUCGCGUCGCGUCCCCGUCAUCUUCUUCACACUCUGCACCGUCAAGGGCGUCGACGACCACUACAGGUUGUGGUUGUCGGGGGAACGUUGGCAUAGGUCAUGUUGGAACAACACGGUAUACCACGACGUCCACCAUCAGACGCGCCCCGGCAGAUACAACUUUUCGCAGCCCUUCUUUGUGAUGUGGGACAAGGUGUUUGGGAUGCACAUGCCUUAUGUGGUCGAGCACAGGCCCCAAGGAGGGCUCCAUGCGCGUCCCAUGGAAGCCCUUAACUAUGUAUAUUGUGUUUCAGAUUUGACUUACAACAGCACCACAUCAGACUAG